AUUACCUUAUGCAACGUCGAUAAGCGCUUGCCGGACCUCUCCGCCCCGCCCCGCCCUCUCUGCCUUGACGCCUUGCCCUCCUCGUCGUCUUCCUCUCAACCCAACAAUGACGCCGUAUGUAAUCAUCAGGUAAUCCAAUCCAUUACUCCAAUAACCGCAUCAACAACAUCAACAUCAAAACCUCAAAAUCAACAUCAACAUCAACAACGACAGCAACAACAAGCAUGAUGUCAUGUUGGCCCUUUCUCCUCUCCCUCUCCCCUCUGUGUCCGGGUCAUCUCUCAUUGGAACCUUACUUAUCGCUGCGAUAAGAGAUGCAUGCGAUGAUCAAGCUUAUAAGACAGACCUGGGGGAGAUGAUCAGGGUCAGCAGACACGCAUGCGCCGGUUGCCUAUGUAGAUGCGCCAGUCAGAUGUGCCAGAUUGACCAUCAUCCUUCCUUCGUCACUGCUUAUCCCUUCUCUCUUCGCUUCUCUUCCCUCCACACUAACUCUCCCUCAUGCUCUCAUGCUUUCAUAGAGGCGUAUCGAGUGAGAUGGCGAGGUAUUGUCUAAUCCGCAUUUGGUGUCCGCCGAGUAAAGAGACACUCGCUUCUCCA